AGUGUAGGGAUAGCAGGGCGAGGAAGCUGGCUCGCGGUCACUCGUCGCCAACGGUUUGGUUGGAUCGUUGUGUUUUGUGGACGUAUUGUCGUGUUGUAACGUUCGUUAAGUUGAAAUAUACUGCGUCACGUGGAGGACGCGAUGUUGAGGGUCGUGUAGUUAGUCAACAUUUGUAGCAACGAUGUCUAAUAAUAAUAUACAAGUGAUUGUCAAGGCUCGCCCUGCGCUCGCCGGCAAAAACAAGAGUUUACCGGCAGAAUGGAAGAUUGAGGGAAAUACCAUUGUCCCCGUCAAUCAGAAAUCUGCGCAGCAAACGGACAAACGCUUUGUUCAUUAUGUACGUGCUGAAGAAACAAACAAAGAUGUGUUUGAUAUUGGUGCCAAACAUGUAAUUGAAGAGGUUAUAAAAGGAUUCAAUGGCACGAUUAUAACCUAUGGACAGAAACUAGCAGGAAAAACCCAUAUCAUGAUGGGUACCAAAGAAAGUCCAGGGAUAUUACAGUAUUCGAUCGAUUAUAUAUUUGAAAGGAUCGAAAAUAUUGCAGAACAGGUUUUUUUAAUAAGAGUCUCCUGUGUAGAAAUAUGUAAUAACAAAAUAAAUGAUCUAUUAAAAGCAAAUAGUACAGAUUUGCAUUUUGUUAAGAUUAAUGAAAAAGAAAGACAGAUAAAAUGUCACAAUCAACGGGUCGACAGUCCAGAAGACAUUUACUAUAUUAUAGAAAAGAUCAUGCAAGACAAAUGUAAGAUGGCAGAAGAGAAUGAACAGGAGAGAUCUGCUCAUACGAUAUUUCAAAUUACCAUAGGCAGUAUUGAUUCAAAUGAAAAUUCCAGAUCUGAAAUUCAAUUAUCACAGUUGAGUUUAGUAGACCUUGCAGCAUUAGAAGGUGCUAAUGCAACUCGUAGGCAUUCUGAUAGUAGGAAUCAAACUAACGAAAGUGUAGCAUUUGACACAAUCAUAAAAGCACUAUGUAGACGAGAAACCCCAUGGGAAUAUAUUCAGUAUAACAGGAGCAAAUUGACCAGGGCAUUACAAUCUGCCCUAGGUGGCAAUUCUAUAACAACGAUCGUAUGUCCAGUAAUUCUUGAAAACCUGACAGAAACAAGAGCCACGUUAAACUUCGCUUUCAGAGUAAAUAGCAUCCAAAAUUAUCCACGAGUAAACAAAUAUGAAAGCAAAUCACCAAUAUGCAGUCACGUUUGGGAAGAUUUUCAGGAACUUAUGAAAGACAUGGAACAUACUGAAGGAAAAAUGGAUAUCGAGCAGAGUAUUGAAUCAGAAACUCUGGAUGGAUCAAUUGUUAAUACGACAGAGGAAUUCAAUGAAUCUGAUAUUCCAUCACCAAAUACUUCACCACAUGAAGAAAAAAGAAGAAUCUCGUUCAGGGGAAGCCGUUAUUCAUCAGCACUUCCUACAAUUAAAGAAAACGAAAAAGUAGCAUCAGUAGAAUCACCACAGCAUAAAGUCAGUGAAAAUUAUGAAGAUAUUGAAGAACUUUCAAACAGUAACGUGAUCAUUGAAAACGAAACACAAAACAGGAGUUAUCAAACAAUUCCUGCUAUAAGUAAUAAUGAAGAUGUGUCUACCGAAAUUACUGCCGAAGGCAUAGAAAUGGAUCUUUGCCCAAAGGAACACACCUACGCUCGUCAAACAGAAAAUGUAAAUACAGCGAAAGACUACCACAUAUCCGUCAAUUGCAACGAGUGUGUGAAUCUUCGAGAAGAAGUCAAAGCUCUGCGAGUAAUGCAAUCACAAUUUAAAGUAACAAAAGAAGAGAAUAUAACGCUUCAAGCAACAGAGAAAAUGUUGCGGAUGAAAAUAAAAUCUUUAAAGACCGAAAUCAACGAUUAUACGUAUGAGUUAGACACUAUAAAAAGAAAGCACAAAAUACGGGAAGAAGAACUCGUUACCUCAUUAAAGGACGCUGUGCAAGAAAAUGAGUCUUUAAUUGCCGAAUUAAAAAUGUAUAGAGAAAUUUCCACUCCAUCCUUAAGUGAAAAUCGAAGUGUAGAACAUACUACAUCGAAAUUGAACCUGAAGAAGUCUGAAGAUCUUCGUGAAGAACUCGAGAGGGAAAAUACCGCAUUUUUAAAACAGCAGGAAUUAAUGCAAACACAAUUGGCUGACAUCGAAAAAGGAGCAUUACGCCGCACGAAUAUUGAUGGACAUGAUGAGUUUAUGAAGUAUCAACUAAAAAUCGCGUUAUCUUGCAUCGAAUGCCUUUUGGAUAAGAAUCAUGAAUGUUUAAUGAGUCAAAAUCAUUUGUCAACCGAAAAGCGACAAGAAAUUGCAUUAGCGGUAAAGAAAUUAAAUAAGUCAUUGACAGGAUUUGAUGGGGAAAAUUUCGAUGCGUUGACUACAUUGACGGAACUGAAAGAAAUUUUAGCUGAAAAUACAGACUCAGUACAUCCACAGAACGAAGUCUCUAGCGAAGUGAAAAAUUCAAAGGCAUUCAAGUCUGUAAAGUUUGAAGGCAUGAAACUCAGAAGAUCUAAAGAGAUACAUCGUGACGCAGCAGUGGAUGAGACCACCCACGUUUUGAAUGAUCACACUAAUCGUGAUAUUGAUAUUAAUAAGGCCGAAAUGUCUUUUAAUGAAGAAACUAUCACGGUUACACCUCGUCGUAGAUCAAUCUCAUCAAAGUUGAAUGCAACUAAUGAUUCUAGAUAUGAAACCACUCAAUUUUUUGAAUGCAGCGAUGACUCUGUGCAUGAAAUGUAUGACUGGGAAAAUUCCAACAUUGAUACAUCUUUCGAUGGUAACAAAUCGAUUGAUUCGAAGAAUGCUUGUUCUUUGUGCGGAAAACAUAAGAAAGUGAAAGAUUUCAAUGAAACUUUAAAGUUUGCCGUCAUGAUUGCGGAUUAUAAAUUACACGGAAUGCAACUAAAAUUCAAUCAGGAAUGCAUGGAUUUGGAAAUUUUAAAGCAGAAGGUGAACGAGGACUUGCAUGUCAGUAUGGAUGACUCAAAUCUGUCUGUUGGUGCAUCCGAUGAAAUAAAUGUUGCCGAUAUUGAAAAGAAGAUUUGGACAUUAAAUAACCGAUUCAAUGCUUUGAAAAAAAAUCAUGAUGAACUCUCAGUAUUAUACAACGAAAAAUUGACAGAGUUGUCUAAUCUUUAUGAAUCUAGUUUUCUUGAUACGUCAAUGUCUCAACUCAAUUCAUCGCAGUCGAGUAAAGAUGAGAUAGGUAGAAUACAACAACAAAUUGAAGAUCUGGACAAGGAUCUGCAGCAAAUUAGAGACGACAAGUCUAAGUUUAGUGCUGAACUUCAAAUAUUCAAGAGUAAGAAAAAAUCUGAACAAACAAGGAUUAAUUCUUUGAAAUCAAAGAUAGAACAACAGGAAAUGGAAUUGUCCAACGAAAAGAAGUCUGUAUUGAUGGCAGAAAAUAAAAUUAAAGAACUCAGUCAUAAAGUAUUAUCGUUAGAAGAUAAAAGUAGGAAAUCUGCAUUGAGAAUUCAAAAUUUGGUCAAAACAAAUUCGAAAUUAGAAACCGAAAGAAAUACUGCAAAUAUGAAGAACGAAGAGUUUGAAAAGAAGGUGGUAGAAUUAAAUAAGGCCAUUACCGAAUUAAGGAAAACAAAUGCAGUACUAAGUCAAGAGUUAGUGGAAUCAAAAAAGAAGAAGGAAGGUUUCGUUGAAUGUUGCAAACAUUUGAUUGGUCAAAUUGAUACUGAAUUAACAUCAAAGAUAAGUGAACGUCAUAAAGCAGAAGAAGAUUCUCAUAUAAGUACUGGUAAAGAUGGUGUAAUUAAAGAUGACCGUCCCCCAGGAGAAUCAGAAAGAAUCGUAUCAAAUGUAAAGCAUGAAGAUAAUGACGGGCUUCUAUGCAACAUCAAAAAAUUAAUUACGGAACUAAUGGAAUCCAGAAAUAGUAUUAUAAAAGAGCUUUGCUUUUUUGAAGUCAGCAAUGAAAAUAACGAGUUGUCUCAGAAGUCAUUGCCUUCUUUAUUAAAUAGUUUUAUAAACAUUAUAAUGUCGAAACAGAGAAAAAUACAAAAGAUCUCGGAUGAUCGAAUAAACGAGUUACAAACAACGGUAAAUAAGCUACAGUCAAAUUUGCAGUUGCUAAAUGACAAAGACAAAGAUGUUGAGUCGGUGUCGAAACUUCUAGAAGAAAAAAGUCGCGAAAAUAAUUUAUUAAAGGAGAAGGUACAAACGUAUGAGGCUGAGUGUAGCAACCUUCAAGCGGAGAUCGAUAAACUUCAAGAAGUUUUGUCCCGGGACAAGUCUAUUCUUACCACAGUGCAGGAGAGAGAAAACCAGAAGUUACAAACUAUUAAAUGUAAAGAAGAAGAGAUAUCAAAACUAACGUCUGAAGGAAAAAAGUUGGAAGAAAAAAUACAACAAUUGAUAACGACCCUACAAACAUACAAAACAAAAUGCACGAAAUUCGAAAAGAAGUUACAAGAUUUACAGAAAAAUGAAGAAGAAAUUAAAAAUAAAUCUGAUGCUAAAACUGUGGAGAUCGCUAAGUACAUGCAAGAAAUUAAAACCGUGACUUUAGAAUACAGUGAUCUUGAAGAACGUUACAAGAAACUAGAAUAUGAAUACGAAGAAAAUGAACUAAAAGUGCAGGAAAUAACUGACCAACUUAAAAGGAAGUGCGAUUUGUUAACUGAAUACAAAACAAAAGUUGAAAUGAUCAUGCCGGAUUAUGAUACCCUUAAACGAGAAAAAUCUGAAAGAAUAUCUUACGACAAGAAGUACAAAGAAGAAUUGGAAACCCUUAAAGCUGAGAUUCCACUCAGGAUCCAGGAACUUGCCGAAAAACUUAGUGCAGAGGAGAUAAAAAAUAUAAAUCUCAACAAGACAUUGUCUGAUAAAACUAACACGAUAAAAGCCUUGCAGGCAAAACUGGAAGACUUUAUGAAACAAUACCAGGACCUGCAACAGAACAAUCUAAUAUGUGUUGAAAAAUUGAAAAAUAGUAUAAGCAAAACCCAAGUGAAUUUAGAAAUGAAAGAGCUACGGGAUGAUAUAAGCAGUUUACAGAAGAAACUCGAUGAAUCCAAUAUUAAAAUUGACAAGUUGAAAGAAGACAAUCAUAAGUUAUCAAAAGAUCGUGUAGAGUUAAUACAAGCCCGUACAACUUUACUGACAGAAAAUGAGCAAUUGAAAAUUAGUUCAGUGAUGAUAAAGAAAAAUCACCUAGAAAUGCUUAAAAUCCAGAAGAAUAAUGAAGAGUUGUUGCAAGCUAAAAAUGGAAUCGCUUUGGAACUUAACGAAGUAAAAUUGUCCGUAGCAAGAAAAGACAAGGAAUUGACAAAUUGCCAAAAAGAAAUUGAGAAACAAAAAGCUGAGAUCGAUAGUUUAAAUAAGAAACUGAAGGAUUUUACUCUAUUGAAUGAAGAACGUAAUAAGAAGGGUUGUCAAAAUUGUAACAUGAUCAGAAAAUCGGAAAAUAAUGAAAAACAAAUAGAAAUUCUUCGGAAACAACUGCAUGUUCUUACUACAAAGUUGGAGAAUAUGGUAAAAACUUGUGAGAAGUUGCAAUUGGAGAACGAUGAUUUGAGAGACAGAAUAAGAGAUGAAAGUAAAACUCAGAAAAAGAAUUGCAGUAACCUGAAGGGUCAAUCUCUCGAAAAUGACAGAAGACAGCAAAGGAAAGACUUGUUUAAUCAGAAAAGGCAAUUGGAAAUGGUGUGUGGCCUUUCAAGUUGUAGAUGUGAAAUUUUAGUCGCAAAGAUUCAAGAGUUGGAAGUGGAUAUAGCCACGAAAGACGGAAAAAUUAAAGCACUCGAGCUACAAAUAGAAAGCGAAAAUUUCUCAUACCAGAAGAAGUGCAGGACACUCGAAACGAGUCUUCAGGACCUCCUCGAUAAAAACAACCAGUUAAAGGAUAAAGUGAAGGAUCUACAAAAAGAUCUGAUCGAUUCGUGUGCAAAAGACUGCAAAAUAUGCAGAACUUGGCAAAAUAAUAAGAGGGAUCAGUUAACUCAGUGCACACUGGAAGCCGAACUCUCUCCUAAUACAACCAAAGGAAAUCUAGACGAUUCUGUUAAGGCCCAUUUGCUCGAGAAAGAGACGGCUGUUGUGAAAAAUUUACACCGAAUGCAAGUACAACGAAUUAAACAACUGGAAAAAAAAUUAUUGGGAGCUGAAACUUCAUCAGAAAAUGAAUUAACUUCAAAAGAAGAAGACAGUUUCUACGAUGCAUUAUCAAACACUGCCGAUGAAUCAGACUUCAUGUGAGAAUUGAAACUACAGGCGAUUGUGGUUUCGAUAACUCAGGUUAUACUUUCUGAGCCAAAGAGCCUUUUUAUAAAAUGUAAGUACUCGUUUUGCCUUAGAUUAUCAGUCCGGCUACUUAAAAUGACUGAUAACAAUGUGUACUUCUGCACAAAUAUUGCUUGAAACUCGUACUACUAUAUUAAGUACUUGUCUUCCAAAAGUAAAGAUGGUUGUUCUCGUAUGUAAAAGUGUUUGCAAAUGUCAUGACAAUAAUGUUACAAGAGAUUAGUAUUUUUCACUAGAAUAACCAUGAUGAGCGUUACGUACAAAAUGAAUUCUUAAGAAUUAAAAUUUAGUAUGGAAACCAAGAUUAAGAGAGUACAGUGGCUUAGCUUCUUAGUGAAAUAGAACCAUUCGUUAAGUUAGGGUAUCAUGACUUCCCAAACAAAUAUUUUCAAGCGUCGUGAUUGAGCUGGUUUAAAGACAAGCCAAUACCAAUUUUGGUAAAUAUACGGUACAAAUUGUUGUAAUAAGUUUACAAUUGUAAUCGUAUAUAUCUGAGUUUGAGUAUUCCUGGUGCAUAAGUUAUUAUGUUAUUUAUGUGACACGUAUAAUUGUUGUGUGUAAUUAACAUCCAAAUCGUCUCGUUUAUGUUUGAAAUGUUACAGAUUCGUAUAUUUAUAAGAAAAACGCGAUAUGCCUGGCGUACCAUGACGAUACUUAUAUGUUUUAUGUUCAACUUCGUAACAUGUAUGUUAAACCAAUGAAUAUAGUCUAAGCAGUAAUGUAAUUAAUGACUGCACAAGCAACCUAUUAUUAGUUAACGCGGUACAUUCGUACUAAACAAAACAUUUUAAUUUUGUUAACACGUCAUCUUACGUUUUUUCUGUCAGGAAAUGUAUUUUUAUUUAAAAUUGUCACGUGACGAUACAGGUCUUACCUGUGCAGUAUACGGGUUUUUUUAUGUAAGCAAUUAAAUAAUUCUACAAGUGCCAUAAAUAAAAUAUUUUUCUGUGAAUCUUAGCCCGUUUGUUGAAAUUGCAAGUAAACCGGUGGAGGAUGUGGACGGCUAAUGCACUUGUCACCUGAAACUCCCGAACGGCAACCCUAUUCAGAGAUCCUCCUCAUCUCUGUGAUAACAAACAUCGUUUAACAUCUUUUAAUAUCUCUUACCAACAAGUCCAGCAAGAUCUGUGGCGAUGAAUUACCCAUGGUGACUUGAAAAAUGAAUGAAUCCUAUUGUGAUCCACCUAAACUUCUUUCAUCUCAUAAUUUACUUUUUGGUCUUCCAUCUUUAUACAUUUUGAUACAAAUAUUGGUUACAAAUCUUACGACUUCAAAUAGUCGUUAUCAGUCGUUAUAAACAAACGUCAAAUUCACAUAUAUGCAUACAUUUCAAAUUUCCAAGGCUGAUUUUGAAUAUGCGCGGAUUUGUAGAGGCGUAAAGUGCAAUCCUCUUAAUAGCCAAUGAGAAUCUAUCUUAGAGGUAAAUAGGUGGACUUGGCUAUUGACGAUGUUGCGCGUGCGAUUUGCACGUGUAGUUUGGGGUAAUAUUCUUCGUGCCUGUGUAGAAAACUAGGCACGUAUUAUACGUUGCAAUAUACGUGUAGAAAACCA